GCUCCUUGUGCGCAACCACGGGCGGAUUAAUAUCGUUCCCUCGUUACGAGUCGGAAGCGACAAGCGAUGCUGAAAAUGCCUCGUUACUCAAUUGAUUACCGAUCUGUACACGUGACUUACGCACAGCUCAAUAUACUCCCUCUUUUUUUCAGACCCUCCGUUUCUUGCAUCGACGACUGGCACAGCCAGUGUCUAACACAAGCUAUUCGUCGCACAAAUCUCCAUCGAAAACGAACUAUUCCUUCGCCCUCAUCCAAGAGGAAGAUGGUUUCCACAGGUUCCAUGAUUCAAGGCCUGAAUCUUAUACAACGCGCGUCACCUACACCUCCGUCUGACUCCCAGGAUCUACUCCCGGAAUCCCCGCAUUUCUCCAGCGACCUUGAAGCCCAAUUGUUCCUUUGGUCUACCGUCGACUUUGCCUCUAACGAACCAGAUCGAGAAACCGAUCCUAACGAGUACGAUGUGAGACAUUAUGAUGAUACGGACGAAGCCGAUGCUAAACCUACUCCGAACGAGGCAGGAGGGAGAGGAGAAGGAGUGACCGAACUUACAAUUGAUCCUGCCACGCUCAUCACCACUCAAACUGAUAAAAACGACGACAACUCCAACUCUCAAACUUCAAAGCUGUCGUCGGAUCAUCAUCACCCACACAACUCGACCGGAUUGGAUUAUUUUCAAUUUUUGGCGGGGUUAGGCAUCGAUCCUUUCCAAGAUCCUACGGUGCUAAAUAAUGCUGUCGGGGCUGGCGCCAGCGCCGGUAAUUUCCCCAAUAUCUUUGCCUCUUCGACUAGGAGUCUUCCUCCCGGGGUGGCGAAUCGCGCUGUCAUCAUCGAUCCGGCUCUAGCCGCACUCUCGUCGCCUUCUAAUCAUCUAGCUUCCUCACCUACGAGUUCUUCCCCGUAUACCACUCAUACCAUUCCGAACUCGAAUACAUCAGAGCAACCCUCUUCCAAGAAACCCCGUGUAUCGGGUGCCUCAGUCUCGUCCAGCAGCACCGCUUCUUCCCCAACUGCACACAGUCCAAACCUCACAACCCCUUUAACACCAACCGAAGAUAAACGCCGCCGGAACACAGCCGCUUCAGCUCGAUUCCGUGCCAAAAAGAAGGAACGUGAGUUAGCAAUGGAUAAGCACGCGAAGGAACUUGAGGGAAAAGUCAGUAAUCUAGAGAGGGAGUGCGAGAGUUUGAGAAGGGAGAAUGGAUGGCUCAGAGGGUUAGUGGUGGGCGUCGCGGGGGGAGUGGGGGGUUUAGGCGCUGUUGGAUUGCCAGGGGGCAUGGAUGCGGAGGUUCAAGCGAAAUUACGCUCACAGGAUCAGCAGCAAAUUCCACAACGGGAUAAGGGAACCUCUUUGAACACUGCAUCAAAUGUGAAUGCGGGGAAGAGAACUAGGGAAACCAUUGAAGACGAUGCUUGAUUUAGCACUUGUUUUUUAUGGAUCAGAAAACUAUUACUUCUUCUUCCUCCCCUUUUUCGACACAUCAAAUAGAAAAUUUUUUUCUUGUAUUCCCCUUCCAGUGACUUUUUAUCUCCCCCACGUUCCCCGGAUCCCUUCCCUCUUUCCUCUUCCGAACAUUUCUAUCUCUUUUUUUUUUUUACCCGAUGUCUUGGUUGCCGUGCACAUGCAUGGGUGCAUUUUGGACCUUGAUUGGCGAUGCGCAUAGAUUGGAUGUUGGACUUAACAUGUAUGUGAUGAACGCGAACAGUGCUUCCACACUUCAACGUCGACCGGCUAAUCUGAAAUGAAAUGGGUCAUGGAAUUGUGGAGAACAGGA